UUUCCUUUGGCUAUUCCAAUGGCCUGACAUUUGAGUUCAGUCCUCUGUUGGCAUCCAUUGUCACCUUUCUCAAGCUCUGACAAUGAAAAAAAGCACAGUCCCUCAGCUGGCUUUAAAUUCUCCUUGAGAAACAAAAGUACAAAGAAAGAAAGACCUGGGGGGAAAAGAACUCGUAAAUCCUGCAAGCCAGACCUGCCGUGGAUUUCCCGCAGUUCGGAUGAUCAGAUCGAGAAGACCAGCGCUUUUCCUCUUGAUCCGAAAAGGUCCCGUGAUAGCCGCUGGGCCCCGCUGCCCCUCUCUCCUCUCAUCCAUCACCCACCCCAUCUGUUCCAACAACACCACGCUGAGCCACUGAGACAAACAUGGCCGCCGGAGUGGCAACCUGGCUCCCCUUUGCCCGGGCGGCAGCCGUGGGCUGGCUUCCGCUGGCCAAGAAGACCAUGCCCAAGCCGCCUGUGGACAAGAAGAGCCGCAGCGACGAGAUCCUGUUCGUCAACGUCAGCGGGCUCCGCUUCCAGACGUGGAAGAAUACCCUGGACCGUUACCCCGACACUCUGCUGGGCAGCUCGGAGAAGGAGUUCUUCUACAACGAGGACACCCAGGAGUAUUUCUUCGACCGGGACCCCGAGAUGUUCCGCCACAUACUCAACUUCUACCGCACGGGCAAGCUCCACUACCCGCGCCACGAGUGCAUCCAGGCCUUCGACGAGGAGCUGGCCUUCUACGGCAUCGUGCCGGAGAUCAUAGGCGAUUGCUGCAUGGAAGAGUACCGCGACCGCAAGAAGGAAAACCAGGAGCGCCUGGCCGAAGACACGGAGGCCGAGAUGGCCACCGACACCCCUCUGCCCCCCGACAGCACCUCCCGUGAGCGCUUGUGGAGGGCCUUCGAGAACCCCCACACCAGCACCAUGGCCCUGGUCUUCUAUUAUGUCACAGGCUUCUUCAUCGCCGUCUCCGUCAUCGCCAACGUGGUGGAGACUGUCCCCUGCCGAGCGGCUAAGGGGGGCGUGAAGGAUCUGCCCUGCGGUGAGAAGUAUUCACUGGCCUUCUUCUGCAUGGACACGGCCUGCGUGCUCAUCUUCACCUUCGAGUACCUGAUGAGGCUCUUCGCUGCGCCGAGCCGCUGCAAGUUCAUGCGCUCAGUCAUGAGCGUGAUCGACGUGGUGGCCAUCAUGCCCUACUACAUCGGCCUGGUCAUGCCGGAGAACGAGGACGUGAGCGGCGCCUUUGUCACCCUGCGCGUCUUCCGGGUCUUCCGCAUUUUCAAGUUCUCCCGCCACUCGCAGGGCCUGCGAAUCUUGGGCUACACGCUGAAGAGCUGCGCCUCGGAGCUGGGCUUCCUGCUCUUCUCCCUCACCAUGGCCAUCAUCAUCUUCGCCACCGUCAUGUUCUACGCUGAGAAGGGCACCAAGGGCACCAACUUCACCAGCAUCCCCGCCUCAUUCUGGUACACCAUCGUCACCAUGACGACGCUGGGGUAUGGAGACAUGGUACCCAACACCAUUGCGGGCAAAAUCUUUGGUUCCAUCUGCUCUCUCAGUGGUGUCCUGGUGAUCGCUCUGCCCGUUCCGGUCAUCGUGUCCAACUUCAGCCGCAUCUAUCACCAGAACCAGAGGGCCGACAAGAUGCGGGCACAGCAGAAAGUGAGACUCGCAAGGAUCCGUCUGGCCAAGAAAGGGACCACCACUGCGUUCUUGCAGUACAAAGAGGACGGAGGAUUAGAGGACCGUGACAGCAACAGCACAGCACUCUGUGUGAAGAACAGGUCUUCCUUCGAGCACCAACAUCACCAUCUUCUGCACUGCCUGGAAAAAACCACCAACCACGAGUUCACGGACGAGCUGACCUACAGUGAGAUGUGCAUGACUGAGUCCGUGGGCUACCGCACCAGCCGCAGCACCUCUCUGUCCAGCCAGCAGGGCCUGUCCUCCUCCUGCUGCCCACGGCGGGCCAAGAGGAGGGCCAUCCGCCUGGCCAACUCCACCGUGUCUGUCAGCAGGGGCAGCGUGCAGGAGCUCGACACUUUACAGAUUCAGAAGACUGCGGCUGGGCCUCAGAGCCGUUCCAGUCUAAACGCCAGGACCGAAGACCUCAAGCUGAACUGUGACGACAGGGACUACACCGCCGCCAUCAUCAGUAUCCCCACCCCGCCGGCCAACACCCCCGAUGAGAGCCUACCUCCCUCACCGGCCAUCCCCGGCAUCCUGCGCAACUCGCGCUCCAGCACCUACACCCAGGAAACAGUCAAGAUCUCCUCUUUAUAACCGUCCCCAAGCACAGCAGCGCCCCCUAUUGCACAGGAGGAAGAUGAGGAGGGAGCUCAGGGUGGAAGACAGUGGAGCGCACAGAACUUUAGAGGAUAAACCUUUCUACACUGCUGGUAACUGCUUCAAUCCAAAAAAAGCAAUGUGUACUGAAAUAUUAGAAUCGAGGAAAAAAAAGUGAAUUGGAGACAAGUGAUUAACUCUUAUGCAAUUCACGUUUUAACAAACAGAAUACGUUCUGGAAGAAUUUCGCUAGAGAUUUUUUUUAGUUGGGCGGCAUGGGGGGGGCAUGGAGUGGGACGGGAGGAGUAGCUUAAAUAUUGGUUAUGCGAGUACAAGAGUCUCAAACACAACUACAGAGAGACAAUGGCAUGGUUGAUCAAGUCUUUCUUUUUGUGUGGAGGUGGUUGAGGAAGGAUACCAGUGUGACAAGAAUCUGCAAGCCUUGUUUUGGACUUGGAGAACAGACAUAAGGGGACAAGGCGAUUGGAGAGACUUUUCUUCCAACAAAAAAUAUUCUUGGUGGCAUUGAAGACCUAUCACUUUUCAAAGAUAUGCAAAAUUAGAAUAAGAGCAGGAGAAAAAAAGAAACAUAUACAUGUGUGUGUUUAUAUAUACAUAUGAAACUCACAGGGAGGGAUUACACAAAUAGAUUCUAAAUAUACAUUAUUAUAUUAAUACAUAAAUACAACUUUACAGAGAGAAAUGAAUACUGUAUUCUGCAAUAGAUUUAGUCACACUAAGGAUCUAAAAAAAGAGGGGAAACUAGUUGGAGGUACAUAUGUAACAUAUUUUGUAUCAUACUUCUCUAAAUCACAUGCAUCUUCCAACCCUACCAAAAAAAAGAAGAAUGUCAGUGUUCUGACUAGCUUAAUACAAACAGUGCAUGUUCCUGUACAGUAGCUGGUGGAGAAGAGAGCGGCCAAUUGGCUGUUCUUGCCACCUUAUGCAUGGUACUGUAUUCUUUUUUCUUGGUUUUGUUUCUUUCCUCCCGAUAUCAGUGAUGACAACAUCUAGAAAAAAAAAAGAAUAAAACAAAAUAAAAAAAGUGGUUCACCAGACAUGUACAUUUGAAAAAAAAAAAAAAUAGAUUCAUCUAAAAAGAGAACAUUCAGGCAUGUUCCUCGCAAGAAUGAAAGCUGGGCGAGUGAGAGUGUGUGUGUGCGUGUCAGGUUGGGAGGAAUUGUGUUACUUGAUCACAAAUAUGCAUGGAUACCGUUGUAGGUAUUUUACGUGUUUUCUCCUUGUUAGAAAAUAAAACAUAGAAGAGGGAUCUAACGGCAUUGGAUGUCAUUGUGAGAGACUAAGGGCCCGUGGAAUAUUACACAGGAAGAAAUGAGGGCUCGCAGAUUCAAGCACUGUGGCUCAGUUCACAGUAAGGUUUAUUGAAUGGACUCGUUAUCCAGUUGUCAUUUUAAGUUCUGAUGUUGUGAUGUUGUUUUGUACUGACCAGUGAACAGGCUUUUUGAUACCCCAUCCAUAAUACUUCAGCUUGAGAGUGAUUCUAAUUCGGAUCAGUGACACUGAUGCUGCCUACCUAUUUGAAUAUUCUUCCUCAGAAUUUCCAUUACGUUAACGUUAUAUGGGCUAUUAUUUCCGUUGUUUCCUGUCUGUACACAUACUGUGACAGAGGUUUACGAGAAAGAGCUGUCUUUCAUAUACAGCACAAAGGAGGCAUUCUGUAUUUGCUAUAUUUUCAGUUACACAUUAUUCUAUACAGAAAUCAUCUGUGAAGAAUCACACAAAGAUUGUGUUUCCAGACUUUUUUGUUUUGUUUAAUUCUCCCAAUUAUGUUCGUAGCACCAACUGCAGGUAGAUUCAGACAGGUGGCGCCAGCAUAUUUAGCAGAGGAGGUUUAUUGACUCUCUGUUGGAAGAUUUAGAGGUAGCGACCAGGAACCAAAAGCACAGCGGCGUGUACUCGAUUCUCCACUAAUAAAGCUAACAGACUCCAGAGGGCAAUGUUGUGGGCUUCCUUCUUCCCCGUUGUCAAUAGGACGGUCAGUGUGACUUUAGUUACAGCUGACACACAGAGCAUGUCCAUUAACGGGUUUGCAGGUUCACAGAGACAUCAGGGGAGGGAAAGAGCUGGUUUUAGGCUGCCUGCGGUGGCUGGGGGAAGAGAUUUUGCCACUGGUGAGUCUGGCAUGAACCGAAAUAAUCAGAUUGAGAUAACAGGUCAUCAGGGUGCUGUACUCUUGGUCCAAGAACUAAGUUCACAGGAGCUUCCUCACGUAGAGCACACCCUCAUGUAGAGCACACAGCCGGCAGUUUCAGCCACAUCAAAGCAGAGCAUUUUGUCCCCCAAGCCUUGGCAGAUAAAGAUGGCACGCUGGUGCCGAAGGAGAGGAUUUUUUAACUCGAGCGACUUGACUCAGGAGCCCGAACACGGCCAUGCUUUCUCUGCUUUCCUCUUCCGAAGUUACCUUCCAGCUCAUCGAUCCGGAGAAGGCUGUCUCGGGAGAGGGGCCUCAAGCUCGGCUACCUUCCGCGCUUAGG